AUAUGACACAAAUUUAACAUUGGCCCGUAAACAUGCAUGUGUAAUAAUUUGAGUACCAAUUGACAUAUAUAAAGUCGCCGAGAUUUCUACGCGAAGCGUUCACGAAGAGGCCCCGCGGCCAAGUCGGUACUUUGGAAAUUCCGACAGUCCGGUUGAUAAUUUGAACGCCGCAUCAGCUGUCGCUGUGCAGCUGAGGUGUUUUUUUUUCCUCUUUUUUUCUGCUCUCACUGUGCAGUCGACCAUUAGACAUGGAUGUGUUCCUAAUGAUCCGGCGUCACAAGACGACCAUCUUCACCGACGCCAAAGAGUCCACAUCUGUAUAUGAGCUGAAGCGCAUUGUUGAAGGCAUCCUCAAGAGGCCACCUGAGGACCAGAGGCUCUACAAGGACGACAUGGAGCUGGAAGACAUGCAGACGCUCGGGAACUGCGGCUUCACCAACCAGACGGCACGGCCACAGUCCCCCGGCACCGUAGGCUUAGCUUUCCGGCUUAGCGCAGAUGAUUCAUUCGAGCAGCUGAGGAUGGAACCAUUCUCAACCCCGCCUGAGCUCCCGGAUGUCAUGAAGCCGCAGGACUCGGGCAGCACAGGCAAUGAGCAAGCCGUUCAGUGAGGGAAGGGGGUAGACACAAGGAAAUCCACAGGGGUGGGGUGGAGCGGGGAGAAUUUGGGGAAGAGGACUACAAGAUCUGCAGCUGGACAGAAGCAAAUGACGGGUUGUUGUUGUUGUUCUUUGAGCGAGCGGUGCGUUUGUGUGCAUGCUAGAAAAUGUUGUCACAGCCCAGACUGGUCGCAACACUGUCACCCGCUCAACACCAAGCAUUGUACCUCCUAUUUAAUAGAUUAUUUUUGAGCUGUCGUUGGGAUGCCUUACUUCACUGUGAGUUUCUUGUUGCUUUACUGGCUUCAAUGACGGCGUCUAGCAGGAGAGACCUUUUUCCGCUUUUCUGUUUGUAUUGAUCAAACUGUUAGGAUUUCACUCCUUUCUUUGGCCCAAAUAGUUUGUUUUUGCCAUUCCAAGCAAAAAGUAAUAGAGACCAUUUCCUAAGAGUAUAUUGGAUCAUUUUAAUCCCAACAAACAUUUAAUCAGGCCGAAAUAUUUAAAGAAAUGUAUGCUUGUUUUCUCUGUUUGGUCCCCGUUGUUUACUCCACAAUCUUAACUGAUCAAAGUUUGUGUUUUGCUUGUUUAUAAUACAGUACUAAAAUGCAGACCACCCCCCCCCCUCUCAAAACAAGAAAUAAACACUUGAUCAGUA